AGUCGUAUCAAAUCUACUUUCGCCAAGCGUGCGAUCCUUAGCGCCGUGAAACCCGGUGAAACCAACAUUAACAAUUCGGUUAGUUCGAGUCAGACGGAGAUACUGCACACUACUCAGGACACACAGAUAGAUAUUGAUAGGAUCUCGGAGUGACACAGGUUCGAGUGUGAGUGCUUUUAUGAACCUAAAGAGUGAUACUGAGUGUAAAUGGAUUUGUAGAUAUGGUUAAGAAUGGAGACAGCUCCAGCACUGUAUUCUAGUGAAAUAAUGCCUCCGCUGGAGCCAACCAAGCUAGUGCAGGGUGGGAUGGGAGACAACAUAAAGAAAACCUAUGCCGAGCAAACAGACUCCGAGCUCGCAGAGCUCGCAACCCAGGAGAUAUCUCUUGAUCUUCAUGGACUUAUUGACGAUUCUCAGUUCCCGGACGAUAAUCUCUUUGGAGAUUUGAUAGAAACAGCGAAGAAGAAUGAUGGGAAUCCCUGGAUUAAUAUUGCUAGGGGAGGAACUCCAAGCUCCGGGUCCUCAGGACAGCACUCUCCAGGCUCAGAGGGACAAAACUCUCCUCCUGCAUACGGAGGAGGAGGAGGAUAUAGAAAUACCCUGGCGUACCUACCCGGUAGUGUACAUAAUGGAGCAUCAGGGUACAAUCAGCUACCACAGAUUCAACAACAGCAACAACAACAACAUCAUCAUCACUCCCACAACCAAAACAUACAGGUUAAACAGGAACCUCUUGAGUCAGAUUACUCCAACUCCUGCUCCCAAGCAGCUGGGAGUACCGCCCCCUACUCCCUCCCCGCCUACAACCAGGCAACUGUAUCCAGCUCCACCCACGACCAAAUGUCCCCAGGUGGCUCCCCUGUCCUCCCCUUCAGUAUGGGCGGGCCCCUACCCUCCCUUAAAUCCUUCUCCCAGCAACCUAAGUACCUACUGCAGAAGAAGAAGUCUGGAGAUAGGAGUACGGACGAAUAUAGGAAGAGAAGAGAGCGGAACAACGUGGCGGUCAGGAAAUCCAGAGAGAAGGCGAAAAUACGGACCAGAGAGACGGAGGAGAGGGUGAAGAUACUAGCCAGGGAGAACGAUAGACUUUCAAAGAAGGUUGAACUUCUCCAGGAGGAAUUAUCAGUGCUCCGGUCUCUGUUCUCCAGUGUUGGUGUCCUACCGGAUCAUGUUCAUAGAGAACUCGCGAAACAUCUAGAUAAUUUUCAAGCUCAACACGCGGCAAUGAACUAUUAAUCAAUUAAUCCGUCCGUCCACCCAACUGUGAUGAUGAAGUGAAGACUCCAUUAACGACAAAUUCCCUGGUAGUUGAAUAUAAAUAUUUGAUCAUGUUUAGUUGGGUUGGUUAGGAACCAACCUCAGCUCCUAGUCCUCGUUCAACACUAACAAUACAUGAUUAUAAACAACCCGGAGCAGCUAAUUCGACCUGACAAUUAUACAUUGUCGAGAGACUUUUUUUUUAUAAAACUGUGAUACGGAUAUAUUUAUAUAUUCAUGCUUCAUAUUCUAUACUUUAUGUAUUAUAUAAGCCAAAAAUUAGUAAUAUGUAUGCUUCCAUUUAUCUAUCUAUCUAUCUAUACCAAUCAUCAGUUAAAGAAUCUGUCAGCUGAGAAAGAACACGGUUGAGAAAAAAAAGACAAAAUAUUGUGAAUCAUUUUUAAAAGAAAUUUUCUUUUUCUCUUUUAGCUGAAUUUUCAAGCUUUCUAAUUUCAAGUUCCUAAGUAAGUUAAAUAAUAUGUAUGUUAUCAUUUUGUCCCUAAAAGUUACAUAUAUAUUUAUAUUUAGGUUUAUAUGUACUUAUUUUUUUAUUAAAAAAGACAUAUUUAUACAAGAAUAUAAAUAUAUCAUUUUUCAUUUGUUUAGACCAAAAAUCAAUCGUAAAAUGCAGAUGCAUCCAUAGCUUAAUAAUUUUCAUGUAGAUUUUAUUUCUCAUCUAGUCUCAAUAUAGUCCAGGCGUGGUUUAUUUGAACUGAAAUAUUUACAGGUUUUUUUUAGGAUAUAUUGCAUCCUAUAAUUUUGCACUCCGUAAACGAAACCGACAAAAAUGUUGGUUGAAAGUUGUUACAUUUUUUAUUUUCUGUUUUAGUUUAUUGAUUGGUUACUGUUAUCUAUGAAUAUUUAGAUUAACUCGUUUACUUUAGUAUGAGUCAUUCUUAUAGUCAAAUAUAUUCUUCUUUAAA